CGGGUCGGGCUGAGCGCAGGCGCGGGUUCGGGCCGUUCCGUUCCGUUCCGUGAGGCGGCGGCGCGGCCAUGCUGCAGAGCCUGGGCCUGGUGGGCACCAUCGCGGAGGGGGACGCGGGCCCCGAAGACCCCGAGUCCGGGGGCUCCGAGGAUGAGGAGGAGCCGCGGCGGGCGCCGGGCCCCAGGCGGCGGGGCUCGGCAGGAGGGGAUUUCAGCGCCGCUUUCGUCUUCGGUGAGGCGGAGGCCGGCGGGGAAGGCGCCUGGGCGGCGGCGCUGCGCCAGCUCCGCGGCAAGAGACCCGCCACCACGCUGGACGAGAAGAUUGAGAAAGUGAGGCAGAAAAGGAAGGUCCAGGAAAGAGAAGCUAAACAAGCAAAAGCAAGAGAUGAAGAUGCAGAGAAUGAGGAUAAUAAAUCCAAGAAGGAGGAGUCUGAGGAUUUCAGUAGGAAUGAAGAAGAAGAAGAUGUGGAGUCUCAGUAUUCAUUGGAUGAUGAAACUAUCUUCACAAAAGCAGAUACGGUCAAAGUGAAGGAACGAAAGAGAUCAAAAAAGGGUGAAAAGGAAGCAGAGAGCUUUUUUGAAGAUGCCUCUCAAUAUGAUGACAACUUGUCAUUCCAGGACAUGAAUCUUUCACGACCUUUGCUAAAGGCAAUCACAGCUCUUGGCUUCAAGCAACCAACCCCAAUUCAGAAGGCUUGUAUCCCAGUGGGUCUUCUGGGGAAGGAUAUUUGUGCCUGUGCUGCCACUGGGACAGGUAAAACAGCUGCCUUCAUCUUGCCUGUCCUUGAGCGCCUGAUUUACAAACCUCGUCAAGCUCCAAUAACACGGGUGUUGGUUCUGGUGCCAACACGAGAGCUGGGCAUCCAGGUGCACUCUGUCACAAAACAGCUGGCACAGUUCAGCAGCGUCACAACUUGCCUCGCUGUAGGUGGGCUGGAUGUGAAGACUCAGGAGGCAGCUCUACGCUCGGGGCCAGACAUUCUUAUUGCCACUCCUGGGCGACUGAUUGAUCAUCUCCACAACUGCCCUUCUUUCCACCUGAGCAGUGUCGAGGUGCUGAUUUUGGAUGAAGCAGACAGGAUGCUGGAUGAAUACUUUGAGGAACAGAUGAAGGAAAUAAUCAGGUUGUGCUCCCACCACCGUCAGACAAUGCUUUUCUCUGCCACAAUGACAGAGGAGGUGAAAGAUUUGGCUUCUGUUUCCCUGAAAAAUCCCGUCCGAAUUUUUGUGAACAGCAACACAGAUGUUGCCCCUUUCCUGCGGCAGGAAUUUAUCCGGAUCAGACCCAACCGAGAGGGGGACCGUGAGGCCAUUGUUUCAGCUCUGUUGACACGAACCUUCCCAGACCACGUGAUGCUUUUCACCCAGACCAAGAAGCAGGCUCACCGAAUGCACAUCCUGCUGGGGCUGAUGGGGCUGCGCGUUGGGGAGCUUCACGGGAACCUCUCUCAGGCACAGAGGCUGGAAGCACUCAGGCGCUUUAAGGAUGAGCAGAUUGAUAUUCUUGUAGCUACAGAUGUGGCCGCCCGUGGCCUUGAUAUUGAAGGUGUUAAAACAGUGAGUAUUUCCAGUGCUGAGCUUUUUAAUGAGUCCUUUAAUACUGUUUUCCUACUAACCCUGUUUCUUUUACAGGUAAUCAAUUUUACCAUGCCCAACACUAUCAAACACUAUGUUCAUCGGGUGGGUCGGGCAGCAAGAGCAGGCAGGGCUGGUCGCUCGGUUUCACUUGUGGGUGAGGAAGAGCGCAAGAUGCUGAAGGAUAUUGUGAAAACUGCCAAAACACCAGUGAAAGCCAGAAUUCUCCCCCAAGAUGUUAUAUUAAAAUUUCGAGAGAAGAUUGAGAAUCUAGAGAAAGAUGUGUACGCAGUUCUGUGCUUGGAGCGUGAGGAACGUGAGAUGCAGCAGUCAGAGGCCCAGAUCAAUAAGGCAAAGAAGCAGCUGGAGGCAGGAAAAAAAGAGAGUGCGGGUGAGGGCUUGGAGCGCAGCUGGUUUCAGACCCGUGAGGAGAGGAAGAAAGAGAAAAUGGCUAAAGCCCUGCAGGAGUUUGACCUAGCACUACGAGGCAAAAAGAAAAGGAAGAAAUUUAUGAAGGACCAACAGAAAAAAGUCCAAAUGACGCCAGAGGAAAGGUCACAGUUUGAAAUCUUGAAAUCUCAAAUGUACGCUGAGCGGCUGGCGAAGAGGAACCGCCGAGCAAAGCGAGCCAGAGCCUUGCCAGAAGAGGAACCAGCAGCAGCACCAGCAGGCCCCAAGCGGAAGAAAAAAGUGUCUGUAUUCGAUGAAGAGCUUACCAACACGAGCAGGAAGGCUCUGAAGCAGUACCGUGCCGGCCCAUCAUUUGAAGAUCGAAAACGCUUGGGUAUGGCCCAACGUAGGAAAGGAGGAAACUUCAAAUCCAAAUCCAGGUACAAGAGAAAGUAAGAACUGCUGGCAACUACCAAAUGGGUAAUUUGGACAAUGCAGACAUUUCAGCUGUGCUCUCUCCAGGGCCUGGAUUGCUUUGUACUGCAAGGAGACAACUUCAGUAAACUUGAAGUUUUUCUUCAAGUUCUGGAAUAGCUGUGGGGUGUUUGUUAAUACCUGGUUGAAGACUCUGUGUGAACCCAUCUUCAGCAGCCUAUGCAAUAAAAGAUUAUUUUUUUCUAAAAAGUUUGCAACUGA